AUGUCGUCGAGAUACGGCCUACCACAGCCGGGGAAUCCCGAGGAAGCGAUCAGACGCAGCGGCAUGGCCGAUGUUCAGAGCGAUGCGGAUUGGCGGAAGGCCGAGUUUGCAACAGACUUUGGUGAAGCCAAAAGUGAGCCGCCCAUCGAAAGUGAGGCUUUCUUGAUCCAAAAGAAUGGCACAAUCAACCCCGCUCGUCUGGCAUGCUCGAAAUGCGCUGCUAACAGCUAUCGUCCACUGUACUUGCAGACCGACUAUCUGAUAACGUUCCUGGACAAAGUCCCUCAAGGCUACUGA